GCGGUUCUGUACACAGUGUACAAGGACAGUGCUUUAGGGUCUGUUCCGUUUGCUGUUCUGCCAAGAAGCCCUGGGUGCCUUGGAACGGAGAGUCCUUCCCGGGAUGGUAAGGGAGAAUAAAACAGUAUUAGUCUGAAGUAGAAGAUAAUGGUGACACAAACUCCAGUCCCUGCGCAGAAGCGAUGCCGCGUCUCCAAACUCCAUGUGUUCAUUUUCGCCUUGUCCUUAUCUUACGUCACCAAAAACGUGGCCUUCUCCUACGCUCGGAGUAUGAUCACGCAGAUCGAAAGAAGGUUCAACAUUCCCUCCUCGCUUGUUGGUGUGAUUGACAGCAGCUUUGAUAUCGGAAAUAUAUUGGUGAUCACCUUUGUCAGCUACUUUGGUGCAAAGCUACAUCGUCCCCGAAUGAUAAGUAUCGGUUGUGUGGUCAUGUUCCUGGGGGGCUGCAUAACUGUGUUACCCCAUUUCAUCAUGAAGCGCUACCAGUAUGAGAGAGCAACGGCCAACACAUUGCAGAACAUGACCUCCCACACCUCCCACGCUCACCUGUGUGUGGCAGGUCAGAGCCACGCCCGGGACCCCGAGUUUUCAGAAGAGUGCACAGCGGGAUCCUCAGAGUCCUUGAUGUGGAUAUUUGUUCUUGUUGGGAAUAUUCUACAAGGAUGUGGAGAGGUCACAAUGGAGCCGCUGGGACUGUCGUACAUUGAUGACUAUGCAAAAGUGGAAAAUUCUCCAUUUUACAUCGGAAUAGUACAAACGCUGUCCAUCGGGGGCCCUCUCCUGGGAUCGCUCAUGGCGGCAUACUUCGCAAAGCUGUACGUUGACGUUGGUUACGUAAAUCUGGAUGAGGGUACACUAAGUAUCAAUGACACCCGAUGGGUUGGUGCCUGGUGGAUUGGAUAUCUGGCCACUGCUCUCCUGAAUUUGUUGGCUGCCAUACCCUUCUGGUUUGUCCCCAAGUCGCUGCAUAAAGAGGGCCAGGAGGAGCAACCUGAGCUGAGAGAGAUGCUGAGUCCACAGACAGGAGAUAACAGAGAGGAGGCUGCGGAGAAUGCAGACUUCUCAGUGCAAGAAUUCCUGAUACUCCUAAAUGGUCUCCUGAGGAAUAAGGUCUAUAUGUUGUUUCUGCUGGUAACGUUCAUCCAGUUCAGUGCGUUUGUGGGUUUCUUCUCAUUCACUCCCAAAUUUUUGGAGCAGCAGUACGGCAUAUCGGCAUCGGAAGCCAUCUUUUUAAUAGGGGUUACCACUCUGCCAGUCAUAGGUGUCGGAUACUUCCUCGGGGGCUUCUUCAUGAAGAGAUUCAAGAUCACAACACUGAUGUCAGCAAGGUUUGGUUUUUGCACCCUAAUAACGGAAUACCUGCUGUAUCUCCUGGCCUUCAGCAUGACAUGCAAGAAUGCGGCUGUAGCCGGCCUGACGGUCUCGUAUGACGGUGUGGAGCAAGUGUCGUACGUCGGCAACUUAUCCGCUGACUGUAACAUGAACUGUGGUUGUCCGUCUGAUGUGUGGGACCCCGUGUGUGGUGAUAACGGGGUGGCCUAUGUUUCUGCCUGUUUAGCCGGCUGCUCAUCUUCUACCGGGAGUGAGCAGAAUGUGAUUUUCCAGAAUUGCAGCUGUGUAUUUUCACCGAAUAUGACGGCGGUGCUGGGGCAGUGCCCGCGGGAGGAACGCUGUAACACCAUGCUGGUCUACUUCAUGAUCCUGAAUGUUCUCUGCUGCUUCAUCUUUUCCAUAGGAGCCAUGCCAGGAUACAUGGUGCUGAUCAGGAGUUUGACCCCAGAAGAAAAGUCUUUUGGUCUCGGCCUUCACCUUUUACUUGCACGAGCGCUCGGUGGAAUCCCUUCCCCGAUAUACUAUGGCGCAGCCAUCGAUACCACCUGCAUUAAAUGGGGGACUACGAGCUGCGGAGACCCGGGGGCUUGUCGCAUGUACGACUCUGACGCUUACAGAUACCUGUAUUUUGGGAUCCCAGCGGGAUUACGCUUUGUGUCCUUUAUCCCCUGCGUCCUCAUCCUCCUCUCCAUGAAACGCGUCAGCUCCCGUGAGGAAAGUGCCAGGUCAUGAGGAAGAGAUGGAAUACGGAGAAGAAAGACGCUGUAUAUAGUAUAUAGGGAUGGAACACGGACACACGGACCCUGUUAUUUUAUGAAUAGCCCCCAAUGAUAACUUGUUGGGAUACGUUUCAUUAAAUUCCUGGGAUACUGGGCUCAGAGGUCACAGAUGAGCAGAUCAGAGCAUUGGAGGCUGGAGGAGGAGGAGGGAUAAGAAGACAUCAGGGACAUGGGGACUACUGGUGACAAUAAUGGACAACCAAGCCACAAACAGAACAGAGAAGAAAGUGCCACCCAUUGGCCUCGGGGGUGACUGACGCACUGGGCAGCGGCCUGCGGUGACACCUGGCGGGUGUGCUGCCCCCAGGGCCAGUUCAUGUAUCAGCAGAGCGGCGGCUCACAAGGCUGGUUCUGCUAAGGGUGACAUUGCUACAUUGUAACUUAUCAUUUAUCAGGUCAGAUCCCUUCACACCUGCUAUGUACAGAGCUGCACAGUAUACACACAUGUAAUAAUAAUACCUUAUAAUACUCUGAUUACCUUUUAUAUUGUGUAAAGUGAAAUAAAUGGAUUUCUUGUAUUAUUAUAA